AUGGGAUUUUUGAGUGGUGUGCUUGAGGCGGUGAAAAACACUCAGACAUACAAUGUGGGUAGAAAAACAUUACAAAACUUGGUAAGUGAUGAAAUUAACAAACAUCUUUGCUCAGGGCACGAUGGUUUCACUAAGCUUCUUCCCCGUCUGACUAAAGGGAUCGAGAAAUACAACAUAGAAGUGAGAGAGUCCAAUGAGAAAGUCAAGAAGCCCAUUGAAGACUUGUUAAGUAAGGUGGGUGAUACAUUUACACGAAAGGUACAAAAUAUAUUGCCGCAGGAAAAUGAGGGUGAAGUUCCCGAGAAAGUGCAGGCGGCGGAGAAGCAAGUAAACGAAAUGUUGGACAGCGAGAUAAAUUUCUUCGCCAAAACGUUCAAUAAGACUUUCGAAUUUAGAGAUAAUAAAUUAGAUAAACUAGAUGUGAAAACUGCUGUACGCUACAUGAAUUCUGCCUUAGAACCCAGAUUGACCAGUGCGUUGAAGGCCGUGAACUAUGAGAUUAAGCGUCUCCAGAAGCUGUCGGCGAUGGACAGACAAGCGCUGGAUGAGACAAAAAAGCAAAUUAGUGCUGCAUUAGGUAAGUUGAAAAUUGAUGUAGAUUGCAAAAUUGAGGAGCAUGUUAAGGUAUUUGUUGUCAAGGUUAGGCAGAGAGUUGAGAGCAUAUUUGCAGAUCUCAAGGACAUUGAUAAAAAACUGAGACAGUAUGUUCUGGAUGUAGCAGAGUGGAUUGCGAAGACAAAAGAAUUUAUUGAGGGAUUAAGGAAAAACGAGGUGAAGAAAAUCUUGAAUGAAGCCGGCGGCGAUUUUACCAGCAGGAAGCAUAAUAUUGAGGAUGAGAGGAAAAAGUUGUUGGCCUGGAAAGAUAAGUUAGAGACAUAUAUACCUCAACUUAAGGAAUUUACUGAACAGGUUGAUGUAAAGAUUAAGGCACUUGCUGGGGAAUUCAAGGAUAUCAGCAGAGAAGCAGAUAAGAAUGUUAAGGGCAUUUUUGAAGACAUGCAAAAGAAAGUCGUAAGCAUUAAAAGUGGCGUUUUGGGAGACAGGGAAGGUGCAGGUAUAAAUGGAUAUUGGGAGACAUUGAAACCGCAGAUACCGGAGCUCGUUGAAAAAGUUAUUGGUAAAGAAGAUGGUGCACUGGGAGGUUCGACGAAUGGCCUCCUCGAUGAAAUUGAUGACGGAAUCGGGAAAUAUUCUGGGAAAUUUAAAGAUGAGUUUGAAACUGCGAUAGAUAAGAUGGUCACCGAAAUUGUGAAUGAAAAGACGGUAGGCAUGUAUCUAACUCAGUACGCAAGUGCUGACGCAUCUAGUGUAAAGCCAACGAUCAUCAAACAAUUGCAAGACGUGGUAAAAUCGGCUGUCUCAACCGCUACAGAAAAGCUGCAAAAUGCUACGGCGGAAAAUAUUGCCGAUAGGUUUCAAGCGUUUGCCAGUAGUAUUGAAGAAGUACUCAAGCAUACUAAGGUUUCAGAGGCCGCUCAACAAAUUACUGCUGAAGUGAACAAAACGCAUACACAUCGCCGCUCACCUUAUGAUCAGAACCUACAAAGAGUGGUUAGCAUCGUACUCACAGCGGUACAAUUGGCUGUGAAAGGUGCAGCCGAUUCACUUUCAAAAUUUACCACUAGUUCCAACAUCAAAAAAGUGAAUGAAGCUAUACCUGAAGUGCGCUCCAUAAAAACGCAAUUCGAUGCAGCUCAAGCUGGUGUGGAUAUGCUUAUGGGAAGUCUAAAGAAACAAAUCACCAAUCUUGAUACUUAUCUCACCGCGGCGACUGGCAGAACCAGUGGCGGUGGACAGAAUCACGCCCACAACUUGGACAGUGCCAUCGAGAAAGUAAGAGACACCGCUUCCGAACUGGCCGCCAACACAAUACCAGUCAAGCUGAAUGAUAUUGCUCAGCAAAUAGAAGCACACCUAAAUGUUCUUACUCACGAAAUAACGGAGGCCGCCAACGUUCUGAACUAUAAAUUAGAAACGCUUAUAGAUACGAAAAUCGGUAAACCAAAAAUUAACAAGUCAGCUGACGCAGAAACGCUGCAGUCCAUCUAUGAUAACCUUGACAAGCUGCAAGGUCCUGUAGCUAAGGCGUUUAAAGAAGCUCAACAAUUACUGACAUUUGUCCAAGCAGCAGAGUCGCAAUUACCCGAAGUUCUCAAAAGAGAAAUGCACCAGGACAUCAAGAAAGUCGAAGACAAAUUAAUGACCCUCGCUGGAAAACAAUAUGUCUCCUCGGUCAAGGAGUUGCUGACGGCGUUCGCGGGCAAGGUAAAAACGGAGUUGGAUCAAAUGCCUGGAAAAAUCGAAGAUGACUUGAAUAUGGGUUUCAAAGGUUUCAUGAACAAAUUAGGUAUCAAGUUUGUUAGCAAUGUGAACGCUAUUACUACAAUUCAAACGACGUCCUCUGCUCUACCAUCUCCACUAAAUCAAGCCUCCCUAGAACUCAAAAACGCUUUUGAUGCAUUUGUCCACGCGCUUUUAGAGCAAAUAGAUUUCAAGUCUGACAUUAAGAAAAUCAAGCCCGUGCACGACGCCUUGGACAACUUGCUUAGUGGCCUUGUAACUUCGCAGUGCUACGACCAUACAUUUAGCGAUAAUUUGAACGCGUUUAGACAUGCUUUCGAAGGAUUCAACCCAUCCAAAUUCGGUGAGCCUACGACUGUGCUCACUCAGGCACUCAAAGAGGGACUCAAGGGGCUGACCAAAGAGCUAGGUAAAGCCUAUGUUAAUCGGUACUCCGGACUGACGUACGACGAGACCGACGCAGCAAAAUAUGCCAAAGCGUUCUUGACGCUCCUUUGCAUCGUACACGAGGAUCUCGAUACAUUUAGUAAGCAGUGUAAGAGCAACGGCGCUUGGUAUGACAAGCAAUGCUGUGCGAUUGAGAAUCGCCAAAGCAAUACAUUUGGGCAGUUCAUGGAGCGGUGUGGAUUUGACGUUGCCAGCAGUGCGACUUCGAAGGACGGUGAAUUAAGGCAUCCGUCCGUCAGCUUUACCGGUAAACACAUCUACCAGAAAGUACUUGAGCAGCAAUUCACCGACGCCGAGCGGAUUAAACAUCUCCAAAGUUGUGAGUCAAAUGAACACAAGAAACGUAAUAACUUCGAUCUGCUUGAUAUUACUCAGUGUCUGUUCCACCAUGCAGAGAAGUACAACGAGCUGUGUCACAUACCCACUGCGUCAUCAACCAAAGUACCAAGCAGCAUAUACGAUAUGCUCAUAUGGUUUUGUAGUCUACCUUACAGUGCCGUCUAUCCAACGCUGCUACGUGACACCAUAAGUGAUCUUCUUACUGACAAAUCUAAGCAAAAGCCACAGGCGCACGAGGGUCUUGAGUUCACAGUCAUAGAUCCGGCGUCGCAAUCCCUAGCAGCCUACCCAAACAACAUACCAUACAGUGAAGUGGUCUCCGCACUCGAACAUCUUUGUUCCAAAUCCCACGAUGUUCUCACCUGCAUCGUAGGCUACGGCGACGCAUACACCACCUACGGCAGCGACUAUUGCAAUAAUUCAUUUGGAUUUAAGUAUCCCUCUUCAGGGGAGGAUUGUUUGCAGAUGAUCACUGAUCUCCUUCGUCGGCUUCUCCAUUGCCUUCGGUAUCUGCAUAAACAGUGCGGCGUAACAGCCAAGCUCAACGGUUGGUCCGACUGCAGAUUCGGCAAGAACGUUAAGUCAGCCAAAUGGGAGUGCAAAGAUCACUCAACCGACAAACCUAAUUGCCAAGCAAACGACAAGGCAACGUGCCAACCAACUUGCCAAGCAAAAUCGCCGCUUCAGUCCUACCUAACCGAUUGCUUAUAUGGUCACUUGCCUCAUCAACUCACCAGUGUUGGAUGUAAAUCAACAUGCAAGUCGUGUCCUGGUAGCUCUCCCGGGAUGCCGUGUUUAACGCCACUUGGGUUCAGCGCUUUUUCCGGCUCCACUCGCAAGGGUACGGAUAUAUGCGAGGUGCUCGAUGCAUUCUUCUCUAACGAUUAUUUGUCAUCGCUGUUCACGCUAGCUCCGCGACCGCCGGCAACGCUACCGGAGCA